AAGCGUCUUGCAGAUAAUACACCUCCAAAAGUUAUUGCAUAUAGUUCUUCUUCAGCAAAUCAAGUUUUUGAAUUUAUUGAUAUAGAAUUUUAUUCAAAAAUUAAUGAAAUUUCAAAAAAAAAUUUUUGCUUUUGCUCUAAAGAGAAAUGGACUAUAAUUAUUGAUAUGGUAGAAAAGCAUAUGCUUUUAUAUUCUUUGAUACCUAAUUUGGAUAGAAAUUUUUUGCUGGCUCAGGAAAUAUGGAGACAAUCAACAUAUGAAAUUUAUAAAUUCUGUGUUGAUAAUGAUUUACAAUAUAAAAAAUUUGCUUAUUUUGAACAACAAUACUUUGUGAAUCACUACUUACCAAAAUUUUUUCGUCCUCGCUUGGAUUUAGUAAUUUAUAUUAUUAUUACUCAUAUGAUUCCUCAUAAUCAGCAUCAAUAUGAUAGAUAUUUUAAUGGUUGUGAAAAACCUUCAUGGAGAAAAGAUUUUAAACAGGAAUGA